ACCGAGGAUGCCGCAUCCGAGGAUAACGAUUCCCCAGCAUCAGCCUCGCCUUACUCCGCAUCGACAAGCCGACAACACGCCACGGCGCGAAGACAGAGCUCUAACAUAGAUAAAAUGGGCUGGAGGUAAGAUACUCCUGAGAAGGCCAGUCAGUCUACAGCUCCUCUCCAGUUCUUUGCCCAAUUGCUUCCCGACCUAAUCGCCACGAUGAAUUUCGAGCUCCCCUCCGAUCUUCAAGACUACAUCUCGCGCAUCGACGCAUUCAUUAAGGACAAGAUCCUCCCGCUCCAGCACAAGGACGACAACAACCGCUUCUUUGACCACCGCCGCGAAUCUUCACGGACGCAAUGGGACAACCAAGGCCUGCCAACGCAUGAGUGGGAGAACCUGCUCCGGCAAGCAAAAAAACUGGCCGACGAAGCAGGAUUCUACCGAUUCGGGUUCCCCAAAGAAUUUGGCGGUGCCGGCAGUGAGCACCAGAACCUGUACAUGUGUGCCAUCCGGUACCAUUUGUCGUCCCACCCAAUCUAUGGAGGCGGCGUAAGCCUGGCCAACGACCUGCAGAAUGAACACAGUGUCGUCGGCAACAAUCCAUUCAUCAUCAUGAUGCAUCACUAUGGCACCAAGGAGCAGCAGAACAAGUACAUCCCCGCCAGCAUCAAUGGCGAGUUCAGAUCCACAUUUGGCUUGACCGAGAUCUAUCACGGCUCUGACGCAACCCACAUGGACACCACGGCCAAGCCUAUCACGCUGCCCAACGGCGAGCCUGGCUACGAGAUCAACGGCAACAAGAAGUGGCAGACCGGCAUGCACGCCGCUACGCACUCUCUGGUCUUUGCACGAACCUCUGGCCAGAACGGAUCGCCCAAGGGCAUUACCGCCUUCAUCGUCCCGACAAACACGCCAGGCUUCAAAGUCGCUUCGUACGAGUGGACCCUCAACAUGCCGACCGAUCACGCAACCGUGCUCUUUGACAAGGUCCAAGUUCCUGCCUCAGCGAUCCUUGGGCCGGUCGACAACGGCCUAGCCAUCGCCCAGACAUUCACGCACGAGAACCGCAUUCGACAGGCGGCUUCCAGCUGCGGCGCGGCUCGGUACUGCAUCGAGCGCAGCGUCGAGUACGCGAAGAAGCGGACCGUGUUCGGGAAACCGCUCUCGUCAAACCAAGCCAUUCAAUGGCCGCUUGUCGAGCUCUCCACCCAGGCCGAGAUGCUCAGACUUUUGAUCCUCCGUACCGCCGUGGAAAUGGACCAGGUCACAGCGGCAUGCAAGGCCAACGGUAGCGCACCGUGGAUUGCCAUCGAGAAGCAACUCGGCCACAAGAUUGGCAUGUGCAACUACUACGCCAACCGCCUGUGCUGCGAGUCCGCAGAUCGUGCGAUCCAGAUCCACGGCGGAGUGGGCUACUCGCGACACUACCCCUUCGAACACAUCUGGAGACACUUCAGGAGGUAUCGGAUCACUGAGGGCAGUGAGGAAGUGCAGAUCCGCAAAGUCGCCGCGUAUUUGUUCGGAUACAAGACGACGGGGGUAGAGGACAAGAAGUCCGAGGCGAAAUUGUAAAUGCUGGCCAAAAUGAUCUGGUAUAAGGGAAUGAAUGCAAUUGUUUAUUCUUCAGCCGCCUCUAUAAGGGGGUGGGUUCGUCGUGCUUUUGACUCUAUUUUUUCAACAUACGUCUUCAAUGACCAGCUUCUCGCCGCUGGGUUCGCCCAGGUCGAUCUUCAGCUUCCGCCCAAAGAGCUCGAGGAGCAUCUCGA